AUGUCGAAACAUCCGGUUAUCGCCGUUGCUGGCCUUGCCUGCGAGACAUCGACCUUUUCGCCCGCCGUCACGCUGGCCCCGGCCUUCCACCCCAAGCGCGGCGAUGAGAUUGUCGAGCGAUACGACUUCCUCCAUGCCGAUAAGCCGCUGGGGAUAGAGGCAGAGUGGAAGGGCGCGCUCAUCGGACAUGCGCUUCCCGGAGGCAUUGUGACUCGCGAGGCCUUUGAGACGCUCUCCAAGGAGAUUGUGGAAAGGCUGCAGGUGAUUGUCGCGGAGAACAAGGUCGAUGGCUUGUGGUUCGACAUCCACGGCGCCAUGUGCGUGCAAGAGCUGGACGACGUGGAAGCCGAGCUGCUGAGGCGCGUUCGUGCUGUCAUCGGCCCAGAUGUCAUUGUGUCGGCGUCGAUGGAUCUGCACGGCAACGUCUCGCGGGAGCUGGCGCACAUGUGCGAUCUCAUCACCUGCUACCGCAUGGCACCGCACGAAGAUGCCAUGGACACCAAAGAGCGAGCGUGCCGUAACCUCGUCAACAUCUUGCAGGGGAAAGAGCCUGGAGCUCGACCGUUGAAAGCGUGGAUCCCUGUGCCUAUUCUGCUUCCUGGAGAGCAGACCUCGACGCGGAUUGAACCCGCAAAGCACAUUUACGCCGCAGUACCAGAAGUGGAAGCCGAAGAUGGCGUCUUGGAUGCGGCAAUAUGGGUGGGCUAUGCCUGGGCUGACGAGCCGCGAAACCGUGCCGCCAUUGUUGUCACCGGAUGGGAUGAAGCGGCAGUUUCUCGAGGAGCAGAGAAGCUGGCCAACUUGUUCUGGGAUGCGCGGGCUGACUUCAAGUUUGUUGCGCCCACUGGCAGUUUCGCCGAGUGUCUGGAUGCUGCCGUCAAAUCGCCUCCCGAGGAGCGUCCAUACUUCAUCUCUGAUUCAGGCGAUAAUCCCACGGCUGGCGGCUCGGGAGACAUGACUUGGGGACUGACGAGAUUGCUUGAGCGGCCCGAGUUCAAGUCGCCUGAUUCCGGAUACACAGUCAUUUAUGCGAGCGUUCCAGGGCCCAAGGCGAUUGAGACGGCCGUUGCAGCAGGUGUUGGCGCAACUGUCACUGUGACUGCUGGAGCCGACGUCGACAACCUACACGCACCUCCUCUCACAAUGACUGGUCGGGUUCACUCCAUCAAGCACGGCGAUCGCGAUGCAGUAACCGAAGUUGUCUUGCAAGUUGGGUCAGUAUACGCCAUCUUGACCAAACUGCGAAAGCCAUACCACAAAGAAAAGGACUUUACCGAUCUAAAUCUCACCCCACGAUCCGCCGAUAUUGUCAUUGUAAAGAUUGGAUACCUUGAGCCACAAUUGUACGAUAUGGCAAAAGGCUGGAUGCUUGGGCUAACGCCAGGGGGCGUUGACCAAGAUUUAAAGAGGCUGGGCCAUCAUCGGAUACGGAGGCCCAUGUGGCCUUUUGACGAGGGCUUUGAGAAGAUGCCCGACUUGAAGACGGUGUGGAUUAAUAAAUCGAACGAGCCGUUGAGUGGCCCAGACGUUUGA